GGAAUGAUAUUGAAAUUACAAAUCGGAAGGAAGAUAGUAAUUAGACAAGACAGAGUAAGACAAUAAUUACAUAGAAUAAAGAGAUACAUGUUGCACUAGUAUACGCGGGCGAAACGGCAAAUGCAGAGAUCCGUGUCGGGCAUGCGCAGUAGGUGACUCGGUGAAUUCCGUUACGAACUUUUUCUUCCGUUAUGAGAGUCAAUCCGCAAGUGGCCAGUGGCAAAAGAGGAAAGGCAAAAAAGCAACGCUGGACUGAUUGUGAAAGAAGCGGGAGAGAUAGUGUUUGAACGUCGCGGCAAAUCCUCCCCACUUCUUCAAUGAACGCACAAUAGAGAAACGCGUUGUUCGAUCGGGCUCGUAGUGUUAUGUGCGUACGCGAUGUUGAAUGAGAGACGUAACCUAAAUACAAAUAUCGCCUAUCAACAAAUAUCGCCUAGUUUUGGAGCAGAGGACAGAAACGUCCAAAUAUACGCACAUAUUUUUGCUAUCUUUUUACUGUUCUUCCUUUCGUAUUUGUAUCUUCAUAUGGAUUAACUCGACUUCACCUGGUAAGAAAUAGCUAUCUAGGUAUCGUGUUAACGUUUCGGUGAACGUAAUCAACGUAGUACGUAUUGUGGUCUUCGUGCCCUGACGAAAGUGCGAGUCGGUAAUUUGAACCAAAUAAUUUUUAACCAAGAGGAAAAAGAAUGGCGGAGGAUUGCCCCGAUGGUGAUUAUCUCGGCGCGUAUAGCCGUUUUUUCUCCGAAUUCGUCGCUAAAGUAAACCCAUACGAUCAGCUGCCUGUUUCGGUAAGCUCGUACAACGUGACCGAAGCUGAGAUUGUCGGUGAAAUCAUCAACGUGACUCUACAGUAUCUCAACCAAACACAAUGUCCGGCAAGUUUACAAGCACACUUGGUUCAUCAAGUAAUACAAGAGAUCAAAUCCAUGUGCAAAAAACAACCAGAAGAUUGUGGAUUUAAAUCACAAGAAAAAACAUAUACUUCAUUAAAAUUGAUGCAAGCUAUUACUGGUAAAGUCAAUGAAAUAUGUACUCGCUACCUGGACAAUAGUAGAUUAGCGUUAUUGCCACCUCCUCCUUCUAUACCAUUACCACAAAUAGCAGCAGGAGGAAGUAAAAAUUGCAGAAGAAAAAUGGAAGACCGCUAUGUGGUUUUACAUGAUUUACAUAGUAUAUUUGGUAUUGAGGAUGAUUCUGUAGCAAAUUAUUAUGCAGUAUUUGAUGGACAUGCAGGACAAGAUGCAGCUGUAUAUUGUGCUUCUCAUCUGCAUCAAUAUUUAGCAGAAAGCAUAUAUUAUCCUACAGAUCCAGAGCGUGCCUUACGCGAUGCUUUUCUUACUACUGACAGACAGUUUAUAGAGAAAUCACAAACACAGAAACUAUGCGGUGGAACUACUGCAGUUUGCACUUUAAUAUUAAAUAAGAGAUUAUAUGUUGCUUGGGUAGGAGAUUCAACAGCAAUGCUAGUAAAACGCGACAAUGUUGUUCAGUUAGUGAAUCCUCAUCGGCUUCAUCGUGAAGAUGAAGUGCAAAGAAUACGGAAAAUGGGAGGAAUAGUGAUGCAGAGCAUGGGUACUAUGAGAGUUAAUGGAGUGUUAGGCGUUUCACGAGCAAUAGGUGAUGUCCGAUACAAACCAUGCGUAACAGGUGAACCUGAAAUUAAAUCUGUACCUUUGGACGGAACGGAGGACUUCCUGAUUCUUGCCACCGAUGGAUUAACUGAUUAUUUGGAACCGGCUGAGAUAUUGACCGUUCUCUACCAUGAAAUACAACGAAAUCCGAGUAAGUACACAGUACUUUGCAUUCGAUUCGAUAGUAGAUAUAUAUACGUAUUAUUAACGAUAAUAACUUACGAAGACACUUGA